GUUUUCCGGUCCAGAGUGUUCGUGGGCAAGAUGCUAUCCCAGCUGCUCCUGGUCUACCACUACCUCCCGGUCUUUGCCUUUGUCGUCGUCCUCGCCUUCAAGACCGUCCUCGAGUUUACCUUCAACAUCUUGAUGUCAUCACGAAGCGAAGGCGCGAUGUGGGUCGUCCCACUCCAGGUAGUCUUCAUGGUCCAGGUCAUCCUCGGCCUUGUCCUCGCUCUCCGGGUCUUUCUCAAUCUGCUCUUUGAUCUGCUACCCUCGGUCGAGCCCUUUCCGCGCCUCCGCUGCCUCAUGUCCGACGUCGUCUCCAUCGUGCGGCUCGGCACGGUCCUCUCUGACAACGACCGCCGUGCCAUCUUUGCCUCGCCACGCGCCCUGCUCCGUAUCCUCCAUCUCGAUCCGCACCGCCGGCUAGUCGGGUCGGUCCACGACGGCUCGCCCGAGCCUGACGCCGAGUACCGUCUGUUCAAGCCUGCGCUCCUCCGUGAGGCCUCGCCCGGCGACGCCGGCGUCGCUGCCGCCUCCACUGCGGUGGACUCGCCACGCUUUGAAGUUCUUCGCCUUCGCAACGCCUCCCGCGCGUCAUGUUCAUCGCCACCUGCACCGUGGGAGGCCUCUUCAGAUGGUGACGAGAGCGACGGCGACGUCCACCUGGGCCACCCGCGGCUUCAGCCGUACUCUCGUGCCGUUGCUGAUGACGGCUCUGAUGCCACGCUGGCCGACGCGGGCUCAUCGCCGUCGCGCCUCUCGCAGGCCAUCGAUGCCACACGCGACCGGCUCAUUGCGCCCAUCACCUUUGUUUGCUCGGUUCCGAUCGUCCUGCUCCUUGUCAUCCUCAUCAACACCGUCAUUGCCUACUCGCACGCCUCGUGCUACAAGUGUCCGCUGCACGUCCGUCUCUGCACCGCAUGCACUGGCCACAAGUGCUCGGUCCGGUGCGAAAUCUACUUCAACACCUUUGCCGUCUGCGGUCUUCUCCUCGCACACUUUGCCGUCUUUGUCGCUGCCAUCGCUUCCCGCCCGGUCAAGCUCGCGGCGGCUGUGGUGCACGGCUCGGAAUCGGCCUCCCCGCGCGACUCAUCGCCGGAGCUUGACGCCUCGGACGACGAGCUGUGGGCCUUUGACGGCGGGCGCGGCCCGCAGCUCUCGCUCUCGAUGCUCGAUGAGAUCAUCUCGUCCGACGCCAACUGGGCCGCCGUCACCUCGGACGUCACUUACGGCUCGAUGGUUCUCUCCUCGCUCUUUCUCCCCAUCUACGCGCUCUUUUCCAACCAGGGAUUUAUUGGCGGUCUCGGCUCGUACCUGGUCAUCUCGUCUGGGCACUCGUUCUUCUACGCCAUGGUCUGGUUUUUCCUCCAUCAGGGCGUCUUUCUCUUCAAGGGUCUCAAGAUGUUGCUUGCCGGACCGUAUGCCUUUCGCGCCGUCAAGCUCGCGGCUGCUGUUGCUCUUGUCGGCAUUGUCUACAAGCUUUUCCGCUCGUGGCUCGCCGUCGUCAUUGUCGCCUUUUCCAUUAACUCGAUCUCCAACAUGGUGUGGAAGCUGACCCAUCCGCCCAAGGUCGCCUCGCAGGCCCCGCGCCGCCGCCUCCGUCGCCGCAUCAUCUGGUGGCUCUCUGGCAUCAUCCUCGUUGUCAUGACCGUCAUGGUUGUGGGCACCGUCCAGUCGUUUGUGUGGGACGAGUCCUCGUUCCCUGACCACUUUACUAUCGGCGGCGCUCCGCUGUCACCGGCCGCUGCUCCCCUCCCGCCAGCUAGCGCGCCGUCGACCAAUGGCCUCUCGGUCAAGUUUUCGGUGGACGGCGAUGAUGUUCAGGCGUGGGCCAAUCUGUGGCCGCUCGGCCGACCGUGGAAAUCCUCGCCUCCGGCUCGCAGUGACGGAUACGCCUUUUGCUCCUACCAGCUUCACGGCCUCACACUAUCCGACUACUCGCUCCUCUCGCUUCUCUCAUACCUCCCGCCGGGCACGCCGUCGUUCGACCUCUAUCUCCACUCGCUCCUUGACGACUUUCUGCUGGUCAACGUCUCGCGCCCGGCUCCGGCCAUGUCGGACUUGCAGGCUCCGGCCCACCACUCACGGGUUCGCUUCUACGAGCUGUACUCGCCGUCGCGUAACCUGACAGUCAUCUCGAUCCGCGGCACUGGCCUCUUUGACAUUCUCGACUGGGUCCAGGAUCUGGACCUCUGGAUCGAAACGGCCACGCUGCAGUUUUUCUCGGUUGUCUUUCCCGGCCUCUCCAUUUGGCCGACCGACCUCAUCGCCGCCAUUGUCGAGAUGGCCGCUACUGUGGAGCACUUGCUGCCAGACUCGGAACGGCGAUACCACGACGUUGUCAUUGCCCACGUCCAGCGCCUCCUCCGCAAGUCCAAGGUUGUCGUCGUUGGCCACUCGCUCGGUGGCGGCAUCGCCAAGAUUGUCGGCUCGUCGGUCGGGACACACGCCGUCGCCUUUUCCGCCCCGGGCAUUGUCCUCGCCCGCAAGCGGCUCGGCAUCCCGCUCCGUGACAUCUCGCGCUACGUCGUCAACGUGGUGCCCAUGCAUGAUCUUGCUGGCGGCCUCGGCCCGAAGGCUGGACUCGUCGCCAAUCUCGAGUGUACCCAGAAGCGGCCGGACAUGUGCCAUAUGCCCAUGGUUGCCGUCUGCGAGCUCAUCUCUCGCUGCCCCAAUCCGCGCCUCCCUCGCCUCUCGUGUGCGUUCCACUCGCGCCCGCUCCUCCGCUCGUUCCUCGACUUUCUGCAGCGCAUGCGAGAUUAAUCUUUACCUGUUACCUUAGUUUGCCGCGUCCUCAGAAGAAGGCAAUUGCAUUGUCGCCAUCGUCGCCGCCGCUCGCCCCGCCUGUGGUCGCAUCGUAAAGCUCGGCAAGCAGCGUCCGCACCACGGGGUCGGUCGAGCUCACCCGGACCACCGGGC